GCGUUGCGUAUGUGAGUGGGGAGCUCCUUUCGCCUUCUGGCGCAGGCGCAGAGCGGGCGCGCAGGCGCAGCAGCGUCCGAGCGGCGGCAACAUGGACGACGAGGAGGAGACCUACCGGCUGUGGAAGAUCCGCAAGACCAUCAUGCAGCUCUGUCACGACCGUGGUUACCUGGUCACCCAGGAUGAGCUGGACCAGACACUCGAGGAGUUCAAGGCGCAGUUUGGAGACAAACCCAGCGAGGGCAGACCCAGGCGCACGGACCUGACCGUGCUGGUGGCCCACAACGACGACCCCACAGACCAGAUGUUCGUGUUCUUCCCAGAGAAACCCAAGACCACAGGCAGGGCAGGGCGGUGGUGGCCCUCAGCAGUGAGGUCGUGCUGUGUGUCCACAGAGGAGCCCAAGGUGGGCAUCAAGACCAUCAAGGUGUACUGCCAGCGCAUGCAGGAGGAGAACAUCACUCGCGCGCUGAUCGUGGUGCAGCAGGGCAUGACACCCUCCGCCAAGCAGUCCCUGGUGGACAUGGCCCCCAAGUACGUGCUGGAGCAGUUCCUACAGCAAGAGCUGCUCAUCAACAUCACGGAGCACGAGCUGGUUCCUGAGCACGUGGUCAUGACCAAGGAGGAGGUGACUGAGCUGCUGGCUAGAUACAAGCUUCGGGAGAGCCAGCUGCCCAGGAUCCAGGCCGGGGACCCAGUGGCACGCUACUUUGGGAUCAAGCGAGGGCAGGUCGUGAAGAUCAUCCGGCCCAGUGAGACUGCUGGCCGCUACAUCACCUACCGCCUGGUGCAGUAGCCCAGCCUCUCACAUAGCGAGGGCUCAGCACCGUCCCUGGAUGAGCCCCACCUGCCACCAGACCCUGCUGCCUGUUCGUGACUCGAGACGGCCCGAGCCUCCUUCCCCGGCCCCACACCGCCGCCAGGGUCCCAGCAGGGCUCCAUCCUGCUCUGAAAAGUAGGACAUUGGGUGAGACGCAGCCAGGCCGUUUGAGAGGACCCACUUGGUGGAAGAGAGAGACUGACGCUUCCUGCAAGCUGACCUCUGACCUCAUGCAUGCACCAUGACAGCUGCGCAUGUACCCACAAAAAUUCAAAUCUAAUGGGAGUGCAGACUAGCACCCAGGAGGCAAAGGCAGGCCAGCCUGGGCUGCAUCCUGAGAUCUUAUCUCAAAAAGCAAGCUGUACUGUUGCCAGGUUAAACCCUAGCCCUCUGGAGACUGAGGCAGGAGGAUUGUAACUUCAGAGUUUAUGGCCUUUGAGCAAGAACUGGUCCAGCAUUCUGGCGUGAGGCCCUCGUCUGAGAAACAAUAAAAAGGAACCCCACACAGCAAGGGCCAUGCUCAGAAUCCCCUCCACACCAGCUGAUCUGCUCCUCCCAACUCCCCACACUCUCCUGCCAGCUCCCUGAUGGACAGUUGGUCCCUGACUGCUGCUCGCGUGGCUGCCAGGGUAUGGGUCAUAACCUGUUUGCCUUACAGGGCUUCUCUGUAGCUUUGGAGCCUGUCCUGGGACUCGCACUGUAGACCAGGCUGGAUCCACGUGUCUCUGCCUCCUAAGUGUUGGGGUAAAGGCUGUGUGCUACCACCUGACCUGUAUCUUGGGACAUGGCCCUGGACAAGGCCAGCACCACAGUCCCUCCCUGUACAACCUCAGAACAGUGUCUGCACCCCAACUCUUGAGGUCCUUAUCCUAUUUAGAGUUCUCCAUUCUCGUAGGACUCUUGAGAAUUAAAGCUAGUUUGAACAGA